UGCUUCUGCUUUCUGCUUGUGAGAAUAGAGAUAGAGGGGAGGAAUACUGAAUACUGUUUUGUUUACUGUUUAUGAACUUAAAUACUGUUUAGUGUUUGUGUUUAUAAAACUUGUUUUGUUUUGGUUUAGUGCAUGUUGCUUGCUACUCUAUUUUAGGGUUGACUGAUGUUUAAAGAUUUUUGUCAACAUAGUUUUGGUUCCUUCUUUGUUCAAUCACUAAGGAGUCCGAAGUAUUUAUAGACCCUAAUAAGUGCUCCAAAAUAGUUUUUUAUUUCAACGAGAAAAAUACCAUUUCAACCAAAGAUAACGAUGACUUUAGGAAAUAGUAUGAAGAAUAAGAGUGCUAACCCGCAAGGAGCUAAGUGUCAAAAAUGUCUUGAACGUGGACAUUGGACCUACGAGUGCAAAGGAAAGCGGAAGAUUGUCAUGCGUGAUUCCAGGAUGACAAUAUUGAAUAAAAGAAUGAAGAUGGUGGAACAGAUGCAGAACGGUUUAGUACAGAAUGUAGGUGAGGAACAAAAACAUGCCAAACAAAAGAAGAAAAAGAAGGAAGAAUCAAGUUCAGACUCGAGUAGCGAUAGCAGUUCAUCAAGCAGUUCUUCCUCGGAUUCUUCAUCAUCUUCAAGUAGUUCAUCAGAACAAUCUGACAAUGAAGAUUCAGAUGGUUCUUCUUCUAACUCAUCAGGAGACAAAAAAUAAUAUUUUUUUUGUUUUGUAAACUCUUGUACAUAUAACAAAUUAAUUUAAUUUUUUUUAAUAAAAAUGUUUCACUA